AUGAGACCCGCUACCGCCACUGUUCUGCUGCGGCGUCACGGUGACGCGUUUCCGCUGCUCGUCGCACUAGCGCUUUUCGCCUGCCUCGCAGCGACGCCGUCGGCAGCCCUCAUCGUGGCAAUUCGCGCUGGCGAGAACUUUAUGAUCACCGAAGCCCUCGGCGCCAGGAGAGAGCUUCACUUUCAGUUUGCCCUGCACCCCGAGUACCUCUUUCCGGUCUCGAUCAAGGAUCGUGGAACGGGCGAGGAGCUGAUGCGGUGGAAGGAUCUCCCCCACGGCGCCUUCUCCAUACCAGCAUCUGACAAGACUCGCAUCAUUGUCUUUAGCUUCGACAACUCGAACACGCUCUUUACGUCCAAGAAUGUGAACUUUGACCUUCGCACCUCACUGCCUGCGGACUAUGCGAUCGACUCCUCGAAGCUGGACCCGAUUGAGCAGAAGAUACGGGCGCUGUCGGGCUCGAUGCAGCACCUGAAGACGUUGCAGAUAUCGAUCCGAAACCAACAGCGGGACCACCGCCUGACCGUAGAGAACGCGAAUAAGCAGGUGCUAUGGUGGUCCUUCUUUCAGGUGCUGGCAUUCUUGAUCAUGCUCAGCUUGCAGCUGUAUCUGCUGAAGCGCCUCCUCGAAAAGAAGACGUACAUGUAG